AUGUCGGAUCAAUUUGAUGGCGUUGCAGCAGCUCCUGAGCCACAGGAGUCGCUAGCUGAAUUGUUCGAGCAGAUGCGAGUGCUGGACGCCAUGCAACAAAUGCGCGAGUGGGACUCGGCGAAGUUGCAGGCGGAGCUGUCGCUAGCGUUCUCAUCUGUGCCUCAUGCACCUUCGUUCUUCCUACAGUGUGUCGAUCGCUACGGCCAGCUACCGGACAAGCAGGUAGCCCACAUAUCGCAGUGGGCCGAAACCGCUGUGGCUUGCAUUAAGCUUUGUAAGGAUCCACAGAUCUCUCCGGCUGACAGUCUACUGGCUGGUUCCAUGCUGCCGGCCUUCAAACGCUCGCGCAUGCCCUUCGUGGCCGAUUUCGCCCUCGCCUACCGCGUAGACGUGGAGACGCUCACAUCCUUCUGCUCGCUACUUCUCAAGACCCGCGUGGGGCUGGCUGCGCACUUCAUGGAUUGUCUGAAAAUGAAGUACCUCUUGCCGACCGACGUUGUUCUGGAGGCUGUCAUGAAGCAAAAGGAUUUCCGCACGGGUGACAUGUUCGCCAAAAACCACAGAGAAACCCAGAAGAGAUUCGUCCAGAUGUUGAUCGACGGUAAUGUGCAGGAUAAAGUGAUCAAGAAGAGACUUUCAUUGUUCAAGCUGAAGGCCAGCGCCUUUCCAGUCUACUUCGAACGUCGACAGAAGGCUACGCUAAGGUUCCUUGUCUACUCGAAAGAGUACGAACAGGCCCUGCAGUUCGUCGAGGGCUCCGAAGAUCUGAAAUUGUACGCGUGUAAAAUGAUCAUCCGACAUGCCGGCGCGGGAAAUGCUGCCACUAAGCAGUUUAUUUUUCAGGCGGGUCUUGCGUACUUAUUUCCCGAAGUGGAUACGAGUGCAGAAGACGGCAAGGCUUUUAAAAACCAAGCCGAUCUGCCUCCACUUGACUCGUGUCUGUCAGUGGUUGAUGCCAUCGGUGAAGCCAAUAUUGUCUUUGUGGAUACUCCAACGGCAUUGCAGCAAUGUGUAGGUCACCUUAUCGAGCAGCCAGCUAUUGGUUUUGACUCGGAGUGGAAAGCAGUGCAUGAGGUAGCUUCUUCGGAAGGGACUGCUGCGAAGUGUGCACUUCUCCAACUAGCAUCUCGUGAGAAGGCGUUUGUCGUGGAUGUGGUGGCCUUGAUUGAGCAUGGAAAUAUUUUACUCCCGCUUUUUCAAUCGGAAUCCGUGAUCAAGUUAGGCUUUGAUACGAGAGGUGACGUGAAGGCUCUGCGUUCAUUUUUAACCGGAAACUACACCGCUGAGAACGUAAUGUCAAUGCUGGUUGAUCUGCAAGCUGUCACGCGAAAGCUUCCCACGCAGAAAGGAACUAAAGUCGAAGUUAAGGGUGGCGACGGUAGUAGCAGCAAUGCCAACACUUUGGUGGCAAACAGCGAGGCAACAGGAACUGAGACUAGGUCCAGAAAAUGGAAGCACACGCGUAGCAAGGCCAGUGAAAAUGAUGCCAGUGCAAACUCCUCGCGUUUGGGUUUGGCAGCGAUUGCAGCAACUUAUCUAGGUCUGCCUUUAGAUAAGCGUGCGCGAAUGUCAAACUGGGAACGGCGCCCACUUACGCAAGCUCAACUCCAUUACGCCGCUCUCGAUGCACACGUGCUUGUUCAAAUCUACUACAAGAUGCAAGAGCAACAUCCAGUUGAUGUCUUCGACGCGGUCUUGAAGCGAUGUACACACAUUUCUGUCAGGUAA